CAAUGGACUCACAUCUGUCCGGAUGAUACCUGAAAUCAAAAAAAAGAAAGUGUAUAGUGACAUUGGGGGCACUCAGUAUUCAUUUGCAAAAAAAUAAAAAUAAAAUAACACUACUGGGCGCACACAUGCUUGCACUCACUCUGCCUUCCCACAUACCACCACACAUGCCACCCACCCUUAGCCACACACCACCACACUAAACCCCCCCAGCACUCCACCCAACCCCCACCAUCCCGUGCACCCCCUAUGCAGGGGCACACUGUGUGACAGAGGCGGAUGGCCUUGGCCACGCGGGACGCAGCCACUGCGCUUGGCCUUGGUGGGACUCGUCGUUCCACACGCGCCUUCUUCACACAGGACUUGCCUCGUUCCUUCUUUUGUUUCAUUUAAACUCUCCCUUGCUCUCUCAGUCAGUCUCUCUCUCUCUCUCUCUUUUGCGCCCCCCCCACCCCACUCCCCACCCUUCCCCCAUCCCCACUGCUCAUCACCCCUACUCCACGAGUGGUCGCCUCCUACCCACCUGUGGGAGAAGACGGAUUGGAGAAGAUUUACUUGGGCAGAUGUGCUCGGAGGAGAGUGGGAAGAAGAUAUCCUUUUUCUUCUGCUUUCUAGUCGAUGGAUUUAUCACUGGCAACGCAACAAUAUUUUAGUUAAAAAAGCGAGUGAAGCAUGGGUGACUGGAGCUUUCUGGGGCGACUUCUGGAGAACGCUCAGGAACACUCCACUGUGAUAGGAAAGGUUUGGCUGACCGUCCUCUUCAUCUUCCGCAUCUUGGUGCUGGGAGCAGCAGCUGAAGAAGUUUGGGGUGACGAGCAGUCUGACUUCACUUGCAACACGCAGCAGCCCGGCUGUGAGAACGUUUGCUACGACGAGGCCUUUCCCAUCUCCCACAUGCGCUUCUGGGUGCUGCAGAUCAUCUUUGUGUCCACGCCGACCCUAAUCUACCUGGGACAUGUGCUGCACAUUGUCCGCAUGGAGGAGAAGAGGAGGGAACGGGAAGAUGAGAACAGGAAGUUGGGCCGGCACCUGGAGGACCACGACCCCCUCUACCGCCAUGGAGACGGAGGGGGCGGUUGGAAGAAGGAGAAGCCACCAAUCCGCGAUGAGCACGGCAAAAUCCGGAUCCGCGGGGCAUUGCUGCGGACCUACAUCUUCAACAUCAUUUUCAAGACCCUGUUUGAGGUGGGCUUCAUCCUGGGACAGUACUUCCUCUACGGCUUCCAGUUGAUGCCGCUCUACAAAUGCCGCCGGUGGCCCUGUCCCAACACAGUGGACUGCUUUAUAUCCAGGCCAACUGAAAAAACUAUAUUUAUCAUCUUCAUGCUGGCGGUGGCUUGCGUUUCUCUGCUCCUCAACCUGCUGGAGAUCUACCACCUGGGCUGGAAAAAAGUCAAGCAGAGCGUCACCAAUGAGUUUGUCGCUGACAAUGAGUCGCUGCUGCUGGGUGCAGUACGAGCCGGAGAUGCCAAGACUCUUCCUGAGGAGGUCAGUCCACCGGCACUCGACUGUUUGCCGACAUACGCCAGUGUGAGUGUAGUUGGGGGCAGUGCAGCCGAGGGGGGUGCUGACAGUCCCGCCGAGGUGAUUUCCUUAAGUCCUGACAUGGCAACUGGUUCUGUCAAGAUGGACCGCACAUUGUUCCACCCAGAUGAUCUCUUGUUACAAUCGCUACCUGCUUCCUUUUAUGGCGGAGUCCACAGACAGCUGACAGAAGAGAAGCAGAACUGGAGCAACAUGGCGUUGGAGCUGCAGGAUGUGGAUGGAAAAAAUUCCUCCGGCUCGUACCCUCCUCCAUCAUCUAGAAUCUCCUCCUCCUCUUCCCAUCCGGAUGAGACGAUUGUACCCCCUCCGCCAGAGUCGCAACACUCCAGUUUUCCUACACUCCCUUGCCAUGCUCGCCUCUACCUCCUCUCACUGGAGGAGGCUUUGGCAAGUGAGGAGAAAGCGAUGCCGAGUGACGACUUCACUGUGGUUACCAAAGCAGAGAUGCAUCAGCCCCCCGGCAUGCAGAAGCCAAGACGGGUGAGCGAGAGCAGCGGUGCCCGGGCUCGCCCUGACGAUUUGGCUGUGUAACCGCAGAAACAUGAACAUUAUCCUACAUGCAUCUGGAUACAAGUAGAGGAGGUGCACAUAAGUCAUCAGCAACAAUAUAAACUAGACAAACUCCAACAAAAGUCUGGACAUGGCCACAAACAUUUACUUCUAAAAUGGCACUCAAUAGAGAGCAGACCUCCGCCAAGGCCAAAUGAUCAUACCAUGGAUCAGAAUAAAACUGCGAAAAGUGAACCAUCGCAUAUUCGCAAUUUCACCUAGUCAUUGAUUUAUUUUUUUUGUUUUUUUUUGGAGGGGCAGGGGACGCGAUCCUUCGUUUUUCACAUGACUUCGGUGCCAUCUUGUGGCAUCUUGGUCCCAAGGAACUAUGUUGAAGUGAACUGAGGAGUUUCAUCUAGACAACAGUAUUGCUUUGCCACCAUCUAGUGGCAUGGUGGUGCCAAGGAACUACGUUGAAGUGAGUUGAGCAGUUUCAUUUUGACAGUGAGAGUGUUUUGCCGCCAUCUUGAGGCAUCUGUAGGCAAUUACAAACCUUUUUAGGAGGGAAGUCAAUUACUCCCAGAAAGGCUUGCUCCCUAUCUCCCACAAAUGGCGACGUUUCACUGUAUCGUCAUACCUCCUAUACAGAAGAUGUACGCAAUAUUCACUGAAAAUCAACACCUUUAUCCAGAUGUGCACUAUUAUUUAAUGCGUUCUUCCUUGGCCCACGCCCAACCCCUCCUCAAGGUCUUGUGGAAAUCAGUUGAAUAAUCUUUUGUGGACUCCUGGUAACUGGGAAUCCAACAAUGAGAACAUACAGUACCUCCUUGGCGGAGGUAACUAAUAUUUCAUGGUUAGAUGACAUAAGGGGAGACAGAAUUGUAGUCUAUAUUUUCUACUGGAAGCAAUAUUUAAAGAUUCUAAACACAUAAAAAAGUGUGUAAGAUAAAUAGUAGGGAUCUCUGUCUAUAAUCUAUUUACAAAUAAUAAUUUAAAAAAACAGGCAUGGGGAGCAGCAGUGGCCACAUUGGAAUCCAGUACAGAAAGCACAGGGUGGAUCUGAGGUCAACAUUCAAAAAUUCUCUCAUAUUGAGCGUGGACAUGGCACAAAAAAGAAAAGUGCAAAAAACAAUGUCAUCUAGAGCCUUUAGCUGCGGUAUUGUAAUGUUAGCUUUCAGCUAGCUGUGUUGCCGAGGGAGGUUCACAUGAUUAUUGCAGAGUUCACAUCACAAAUGUGAGUUUUUUUUUUUUUUUCGGAAUCGGAACUUGUACCUGGUGCAGGCUGCCAUUUCUCCUACAUCCUGCUGCCCCUUGCUGGCUGAAACUCCACAAUUGAGAGAUAUGGCCUGUUGGUGAUUGAUGUAAAAGCUAUAAACCAGGUUACAUAUUUGUCUCAAUAUCAAAAGCAGUUCCAUUGUGAACCCGCCCCCAAUGUUUUGACCAUCCAUUAGCACAACACACAAGCUGGACCAUCUGGCUUCAAAGCCUUGAUGCUGAGCAAAGACAAGCUAAAGGGGCACACAUAUACCGAAAAUCAAGCCUAAAUUGAGCAAGUUCCCCUUCCGACCAAAGUCACCCAAUGUCUCUAAAAGAUUAUCCUGACCGAUUAUCCUCUGGUGAUGAGUGAUAUUUCCUCCCCGAUCUGCUCGUAAAAUGGUCAGGACAGAUAAUUGUAUGUUAAAUCUGGUACAUUUUUACCAUCGCAAAUUUUAAUUCUUAUGUUUCUGGUCAACACCGUGUACGGCCGAGCCAUGGACAAAGUGAUUGCGUGUUUAGUGGAUGUAUAAAUGUCUACCAAGUCAUUCUCCACAAUUAAAAUGACAAAGAGGAGAGUUUGCAACUGCAAUCUAGGCAACUACGAUUUCAAUUACUGCUACCACUAUGACUACUACUAGUACUCCAUUGUAUUUUCUGUCAGUUUGGAUGCCCUAUCGCACCAAGCUGCCUCUCACAUGUCAGUCCCGGUAUUAGCACAGACAUCUGAUUUAGCAGAAGAGCAUCAAAAUGGUCGGUGGAGGUGGCUACGCGUGUGGUGUCUUCUGUUGGUCAUCUGGAGAACACCACACACUACACAGGGUGUGUCAGGAAAGUUGCACGACUGCUGUCACAAAACAUAUUUUCAAGUUUUCCCUUUUGAAGUAAUGCACUUCCCCCCAGCCUUCUCAGCCACGCUUCAUACACCCCUGGAAGGAUUCUUCCUGGAUCCUCCACAGCUCAUAUUGAGGUUAUCCACAUCUUCAGAACGGGCCCCCUUGAUGAUCCCCUUGAACUUGGGAAAGAGGGGGGGGGAAAAAAAUCCCGCCGAGCCAGGUCAAGUGAGUCGGGAGGUUGCUUCAGCACUGCGAUGUUUGAAAGGAACUGUUGUAUGCUCAAGGCAGCCACGGGUUGUCCUGCCUCAACUCUCACCUCUUCUCCUGCAUUGAAGUCAGUAAACGCCGCAGGAUCUCUUCAUAAACGUGCUGGUUGAUCGUCUGGUCCACAUUGAAGCGGAAAAUUCAUAGUUUGUAGUUUGGGGAUUGAAACAUAUCUUCGGUGACACCAGUCCUGGAGCCUUUCUGACACAGCUCAUAAGAACACUAAGCACACACUAAGCUGAUUUUUUUUUCCUCAUCAUGUGGCGGGUCUCUCACAUUUAAAAAUUGGGUUGAUAUGCUAAAUAUCGGGAUAUUCAGCUGAUUUUCCAUAUUGUCAGACAUGCGCACUUAACACACACUUUGACCGAGAAGUUGUAGUAAUGAUGAUGAUGAUGUUUGGACUAAUUUGUAACUUUGGGAGCUUAAAGGCAGCAGGACGGCGUCUUCAUAUUUGUCUUUUGUGCCUUUGCUGGGAGAGACACAAAGACAGGUUUGCACUUUUGUUUCUUUUUAUUGAUCAUGAUGGAGCUGGACACAUGGGUGUGUAUGUGUUCAUUAAUAUUGUUUCAGUGUUGACACAAACCCAUCUCUGCUGUUACAUCAGGGUCAAUUAUAAAUAUGUAUACAGUAUGAAUAAGGAGUAGAGGUUACUAUAGAUCACUCAACAUGUGAUGCAGGAUUACUUUUUUACCCCAACGGUUUCUGGUUCAAUUUGGAGAUUUUCCACUAUUUCACAAUAAGAGGACACGGGUAACAAAGACAAACAUCUCCAAAGAUCAUACUGUCGUAUACAAAAGCAAAUAUUCAACAUUGAGCGAUAUAGCUGAGCAUCUCUGGGGGUCCAAACCCAAAUGGGCUGUUUUGGUUGGAGGACUUGUUGUACAUCUUCUUUCUGAAGCUAGUGUUUGCAGUGUGUUACAGAACUGUUGACUUCCUUCUAGCUGUUCUGUAUAGGACGAGUUUCAUUUUCUAGACUAGCUGUAGAAUAUCAUUGUGACUUCAAGGUUUCAAGAGGGCUGGGGCGGGUGGGGGUGUAUGAUCCUUUUUUGUUUGUUUUUUACUAGACAUCUCAUGUGGAUUUUUAUUAUUUUCCUGUCCCUCUCAUGAAUUCCUGCCUGUCUCACACAGUUUCACUUGCAACACUGUACAAUGAGAUGAGCUAGCUAUCUUCUAAGUAGAUCAUCAAGACUUGAGGGUGACAUGAAGCUAUCACCCCCAACAGUGAAUGAAACCCCAAGAUUCUGUUCUUACAGCACUUUGAACAUUACAAUUCCACAAAAAAAAAAGAAAAAAAAAAAAAAAAAGACAUACUGUUUGUCUCUAAACUGGGCUCAUUUUACUAAAUGUUAGCGAGCUGUUUUCUAACCUUUAAUAAAGGAUUGCACAUUGACUUUGUAGCCCGCUAUAAUUAGGGUAUGAUGAUGCUUAUACAAAAACAAAGAAUUGUCUUAGAAGAAUUUAGAAAUUAGAUUUGCAAUGAUGGAGAAAUUCAUCUAAAGUGACUGUUCUUAUUUUGUUCUAUGUGUAUGGAUCAAGAGACUUCCACCUUAAACACAUGUGCCUGAGGGACUUCCAUGACAAACACUGUUAGUAGGGGCAAAUCCUGCUUUUAAUCCACAAUGUCUGUGUGCAUGCGUGUAUGUGUGUUUGAAUGAGAGAAAGUCUUUCUAUAGAAAUUUCUGUUGAAGAACAUGUCGAUGUAAAUGUCCAUUUACCUCAGAUGUGGAAAAAAAGUGUUACUUAAUAAACUUAUUUUGUACCGUU